UCCUCAUACACUUUCUUUUUGGCUUCCCUUUCUCUAUGCCAUGCCAACCUUUGAAGAGAUCAGACCCUGCCCAAGCUUCAACAACAAUAUUGAAGCAGCAGCAACUAAUCAAGAGCACGAAGUCGAGGUUAUUGAUUAUGCCAAAAGGGCACAGUGGCUUCGAGCUGCUGUUUUAGGAGCCAAUGACGGCUUGCUCUCCACAGCAUCAUUGAUGAUGGGAGUUGGAGCUGUGCGUAAAGACUCCAAGACCAUGAUCCUGACAGGGGUCGCUGGCUUGGUUGCUGGUGCUUGCAGCAUGGCCAUCGGUGAGUUUGUGUCAGUUUACUCACAAUACGACAUUGAAUUGUCUCAGAUGAAGAGAGACAAAAUGACAAACAACAAUGGUUUGGCUGAUCAUGACAAGAAAAGUUUGCCUAAUCCCUUGCAAGCUGCUGCUGCAUCUGCGGUUGCUUUUGCUAUUGGGGCUGUCAUACCGUUGCUUGGUGCUGCGUUUAUAAGGGACUAUAUGGUGAGGUUAACGGUGGUGCUGGUGGCUGUGACCUUAGCCCUGAUGGGGUUUGGUGCGUUAGGAGCACUGCUGGGUGGUGCACCCAUGCUCAAGUCAUCAUUAAGGGUCCUGAUGGGAGGAUGGCUCGCCAUGGGAAUAACUUUCGGGCUAACCAAAUUGAUUGCUCGUUCUGGACUCUAAUCAUGCUUGUAUAUUUAAUAGCUCUCCCUACAUGAUCUUUUUCCUUUUGCCUUUCACUUUUAUCCUUCAUAUCUAUCCAUGGAUUCAGCAGCUUCUUUUCUUUCCUUUAUAUAUCAGUUGGAUUUAUGGAACCAUAUUCUCCAAACCCAAUAUCGAUUAUAUGC